AUGCAUUUUGAUAUUACUGCGCAGAUUCUGCUCCGACCUGGAAGAGCAGUUUUCCAUACUUCAAGUUGUCCGCCUAGGUUCCUUUUUCUAGUUAGAGAACAACAUUAUGUUAGUAGAAAGAUUUCCAGAUUGAAAGGCUUUGUUGUGUUAGCUGAUUCUACCGGAGCCAGGCGGCCAACGAGCAGCCGAAAGGUUUACAAACAAUCGCAAGCUCAAGCACCGUUAUCUUCAGUUCCUGUCAAGGAAAUUGCUUCGUUCAUCGUUCCAGUUGGCGCAUUUGUUGUCGCUACCUUUGUUUUAUGGAAAUUGGUGGAGAAACUACUCCUACCGAAGCCAGUGGGGACACCAUCAUCCUCACAAGACAAACCUGCUGCAAAUGGAGUGAAGUGGUCCAUUGCACCUGGGACAAAUUUGCUAUCGGGUUUUGGAGCAAAGAUUGAAAGGGAAUCCAAGCAAAAACUGAAUGAGUUUGCUCAAGAGCUUAGAGCAUUUAGGAGUGUCGAUAUGUCAGUCCGUAACUUUGGAGAUGAAGGGCUAUUUUUUCUUGCAGAGAGCUUGGCCUAUAAUCAGACAGCUGAGGAGGUCAAUUUCACUGCUAAUGGGAUAACGGAAGCUGGUAUCAAAGCUUUUGAUGGUGUUCUUCAGUCAAAUACUGUGUUAAAGACUCUUAACUUGUCUGGAAAUCCCAUUGGAGAUGAAGGUGCUAAGUGUUUGUCAGAAAUAUUAAAGAAUAAUAGUGGGAUUCAGAUGCUUCAACUGAAUAGCACAGGGAUAGGAGAUGAGGGAGCUAAGGCUAUUUCUGAGAUGCUGAAGAUCAAUUCAAGCUUACUUAUUCUGGAACUUAACAACAACAUGAUUGAUUUUUCUGGGUUCCAAAGUAUUGCUGCAGCUCUACUGGAAACCAAUACUCUGCAAUCUUUGUCUCUGACUGGCAAUUAUGGUGGUCCUCUGGGAGCUUCUGCAUUGGAAAAAGGACUAGAGGGCAAUAGAUCUUUGAGGGUUCUUAACUUAAACGGGAAUUCCAUAGGAGAUGAAGGUGUUCGAACUCUGAUGUCUGGCUUAUUUGAAAGAAAAGGGAGAAUACAGCAUCUGGACAUUUCAAACAAUUCAAUCAGUGUGAAAGGUGCUCAUCACAUUGCAGAGUUUGUUAAGAGAAGCAAGAGUUUGUUACUUUUGAAUCUCUACAUGAAUGAUAUUGGAGAUGAGGGAGCAGAGAAAAUGGCAGAGGCUUUAAAGGAGAACCGAUCAAUAACAAACUUAGACCUGGGUGGCAAUAAUAUUCACACAAGAGGAGCCAAUGCCAUUGCUCAAGUGCUGAAAGAUAAUAGUAUUAUAACCAAUUUGGAAUUUGGAUAUAAUCCUAUUGGACCGGAAGGAGCCAAAGCUUUUGCUGAUGUUCUAAAGUUUCAUGGGAAUAUAAAGGUUCUUAGUCUGGGUUGGUGUCAGAUUGGAGUAAAGGGAGCAGAGUACAUUGCUGAUACUCUGAAGUAUAAUUCGACAAUAUCAACUCUAGACUUGCGGGCCAAUGGGCUUCGAGACGAGGGUGCUAUGUGCCUUGCUCGGAGCUUGAAAGUCGUUAAUGAAGUCUUGACCUCUCUAGAUCUAGCAUUCAAUGAAAUAAGGGACGAGGGAGCAUUUGCAGUUUCUCAAGCACUCAAGGCUAAUGAAGAAAUCAGACUCACAUCCCUAAAUCUUGCAAGCAACUUGCUCACUAGACUGGGGCAGACUGCACUAACAGACGCGAGAGAUCAUGUGUUUGAGAUGACGGAGAAGGAAAUUGCCAUCAAUUUCUGAAGGGUUUUGCCGAGUAGAGUCAUUUACUUCUCUUAUGCAGUUUUUUUUCAGUUGGCUUAUAGAACAAAUUUUGGAUGUGAAAUCAUAGGAAGGAAGUUAUGGUUCUUCAUUUUCUUUUGUCUACCAAAUAUUUUACUUUUCUUGUGGACAUCAACACUGAUAUUUGUUUAGGCAUAAGUUUAUUAAUUAUAUGA